AAAAUUUAGAUUUAGUCCCUUUUCCCCCAAAAAAUUUGCUAGGUUUUAGAUUUCCAUUGCACGCCCGCCUCCCACUUCUUCCAACUCCCGCCUGGAGGUGUCAAAAAAACCCCCCAAAUCCCACAGACCCAAGCUCCAACCGUCGUCUAGGGUUUGGAAUUGGGCGACUUGGGAACUUACCUUCGUCAUUCCUCGAUCUCUCAUGUCGGCAUAGUUAUUGCCAUAUACCAAAAAUGACCCCUACAUAAUUCGUCAUAAUUCCUUCGCAUCUCAGUAACAACGUUCAUCUUCGACUCCCUCUUUUUGUUCAUCAUGGACCCCCUGUUGUAAUCAUCAUCAUCCCGUCGCAUCUCAUGAACCAUAUUCCAAUGAAACACACCAUUUCAAUCUCUCUCUCUCUCUCACGAUUUUGAAACCCUAACCUGAUUUUGUAUUCACGAAUUGGGAUUGAAAUAGGAAACUCCCAAUUUCUUUGAACACUCUCUAGUCCAGUGUAAAUGAUAGUUGCCAAACUGUCCAAUAUGAUUGUUGCAGAAUGCCGAUGGUGUUUGAUUUACACAUGAAAUUUGAGGCCAAAUUGUGCAGUUGUCAUGUACUCCCCAAAAAUGAUUAAUCAUGUGUGUGUGAUAUUCAUCAGGAGGUGGUUGUCUUCUGCUAUGAACAUCUUACUGCAAGAGUUUGAGCAGUUGCUAGGUGUGACAACCCCGACAGAAGUUAAUAUUGAAAAUCAUGGCCCAAUUAGGAACAAAGGAAGUGGACUUCGAAAAAUACUGAAAGGUUCAAAUGAGGUUUCAAAGAAAAAGUCAUCUAAUGAACCAAGAUCUUGUAAGUACCGCAGUGGUCCACGUCGCGAUUAGAGAAACUGUCCCGUUAGGAAGGAAGAUGAGGAGACAAACUUUGCCAAAACGAGACCUUGCAAGCACAAAGCUGUUGUUUGACUAUUUUAAUUUCAUUGUUUCUUACUUUAUUAUCUUCGUAGACAUUUACAACAUUUUAGUUUGGAUUUCAACAUUUACCACUUUUUUUCGAAUAAUAGUUUACUUAAUAAAUUCAUAACUUUUUAUUUA